AUGUCAAAAAAAGAGAAGAGCGCCAGUAAGGAGGAAACUGAAGACAACUACGACAAGAAGUUGCCUGCACUUUUGCCUUUUGCUAAACCUUUAGCCUCUAAAAAGCUUAACAAAAAGGUUCUCAAAACUGUCAAGAAGGCUUCCAAAGCCAAGCAUGUGAGAAGAGGUGUUAAAGAGGUCGUGAAAUCCUUAAGAAAGGGAGAGAAAGGGUUAGUGAUCAUUGCAGGUGACAUUUCACCACCAGAUGUUAUUUCUCAUAUUCCAGUUUUAUGUGAGGAUAGUAACGUUCCAUAUUUGUUCUUACCUUCUAAGGAGGAUCUGGGAUCUGCUGGAGCUACCAAGCGCCCAACUUCUUGUGUCAUGAUCGUUCCAAAUGCUAACAAGAGCAAGAAGGGAGAAAGCAAAACAGCCGAAGAGUACAAAGAUUCUUUCGACGAGGUAGUCAAGGAAGUUGGCUCGUUGUAA